AAUUCCUCAUGUAGCGGGGCGCGGAGCCCGGCUCUCCCAACUCAAGAUGGCGGAUGAGAGUGAGACAGCAGUGAAGCCGCCGCCGCCGCAGCCGCCUCCGGCGCCGCAGCUGAUGGAAGGGAACGGGAAUGGCCAUGAGCACUGCAGCGACUGCGAGAACGAGGAGGAGAACAGCUACAAUCGGGGUGGUUUGAGUCCAGCCAAUGACAGUGGAGCCAAAAAGAAGAAAAAGAAGCAGAAAAAAAAGAAAGAGAAAAGCAAUGAAACAUUGGAUUCUGCCCAGGAUCAGCCUGUGAAGGUGAACUCUUUACCAGCAGAGAGAAUCCAAGAAAUACAGAAAGCCAUUGAACUCUUUUCAGUAGGCCAAGGACCUGCCAAAACUAUGGAGGAAGCCAGCAAGCGUAGUUACCAGUUUUGGGACACCCAGCCUGUACCUAAGCUUGGAGAAGUGGUGAAUACCCAUGGUCCUGUGGAACCUGACAAAGACAACAUCCGUCAAGAGCCCUAUACCCUGCCCCAGGGCUUCACCUGGGAUGCCUUGGAUCUAGGAGACCGAGGUGUGCUGAAAGAACUAUACACCCUCCUGAAUGAGAAUUAUGUGGAAGAUGAUGACAAUAUGUUCCGAUUUGAUUAUUCACCAGAGUUCCUUUUGUGGGCUCUACGACCCCCAGGCUGGCUCCCGCAAUGGCACUGUGGAGUUCGAGUCAUCUCGAGCAAGAAACUGGUGGGCUUCAUUAGUGCCAUCCCUGCAAGCAUACAUAUCUAUGACACAGAAAAGAAGAUGGUAGAGAUCAAUUUUCUGUGCGUCCACAAGAAAUUGCGUUCUAAGCGUGUGGCACCAGUGCUGAUUAGAGAGAUCACCCGGAGAGUCCACUUGGAGGGCAUCUUCCAGGCUGUUUACACUGCUGGGGUAGUACUACCCAAACCUGUUGGCACUUGCAGGUACUGGCAUCGGUCCCUUAACCCACGGAAAUUGAUUGAAGUAAAAUUCUCACAUUUGAGCAGGAACAUGACCAUGCAGCGCACCAUGAAGUUAUACCGACUACCAGAGACUCCAAAAACAUCUGGGUUGCGGCCCAUGGAAAAGAAGGACAUUCCAGUGGUGCACCAACUCCUGACCAAGUACUUGAAGCAGUUCCACCUGACCCCCGUCAUGAGCCAGGAAGAGGUGGAGCACUGGUUCUUCCCUCAGGAGAACAUCAUUGACACUUUUGUGGUAGAGAAUGCAAAUGGUGAGGUGACGGACUUCCUGAGCUUCUACACUCUGCCCUCCACCAUCAUGAACCACCCAACCCACAAGAGCCUGAAAGCUGCUUAUUCCUUUUACAACGUUCACACCCAGACCCCACUUCUAGACCUCAUGAGUGAUGCCCUGGUCCUCGCCAAAUCGAAAGGAUUCGAUGUAUUCAAUGCACUGGAUCUCAUGGAAAAUAAAACAUUCUUGGAGAAGCUGAAAUUUGGAAUCGGGGAUGGCAACCUGCAGUAUUAUCUCUACAAUUGGAAGUGCCCCAGCAUGGGAGCAGAGAAGGUUGGACUGGUCUUGCAGUAAUCAACUGCCAGUGAAAAUUGGACAAAGCCACUGAGAAUUCAGACCAGGAAAUGGAACCCCGCCCCUUGUUGGUCUGAUUUUCAUGGAAGCGAGAAUCCCUAGCUGAGGGAACAGAACUGAACCAGCUACACCAAACAGCCACUGAUUUUGACAAUUGUAUCACAACGGCGUAGGCUGUCACAUCUGGCGGCUUCUCUGGUCUCUGUUUUCCAAUUAAUUACAUCCUCAUGCAGCCAUGAUCAAGGGAAUGUAACUGCUGAAAACUAGCUCAUGAUUGGCAUAUUAUGGAGUUAACGGGUGAAUAAUAAAAAUAUAUAUAUUAUAUAUAUAUAAUAUUUUAAAUAUCUUUCAUGUUCCAGACUUACAAGGAUGUUCGGUCCCUAAUGAAAAGCUGUGUCCAGCAAAAAUCCUUAAAAUAAAAGCCAGGGAGUCAGCAUGUUAGUGCUACCAGUCAUUGCCCUCUGGAGAAUGGUAUUGGCAUUGACAUUUGGGGGGAUGGCGGCAAAGAUAAAGCAAGUGUGAGGAACCUUCCCCCCUUGAUUCCCAUCUGCUUUGGGAGUGAACCAGGUAAGGGGGGAGUUAUUUAACUAGGAGCAUAAAGAGAAGUUCAGAUCAUUGGUGAGUCCUACAAUAUUCUCAGGACUGGUAACAUGGCAAGUGGGCCUACUGGCUAAGACUGAGCCUCUUGGAUAGAACUGUAGAAAGAGUCAGAGCAGGCUGCCAGUGCUUCUCCCUGGGCCCAAAGAGUAGCAUGGGGUCUGUUGGAAACAUAAAAGCCUCCCCUUCACUUUGAAUACUUCAGUGAGUUGUUUGGGAAAUGCUAGACUUGGGUAGGGGAAAAAGUUAUGUGGACACAGCUCUCCUGAGCAUUUCCAUUAAGGAUUUAACUUACUCCCUACUCCUUCCAUUUAAUUUGUGUAUUCCUUUUUUAAAGGGCUAUCUGGAUGGUUAUUGCCAUCCUUUGUAGGGAGAAUUUUCCUGUGGGAUAUCAGAUCUUCUGCUUAGCCCGACUUAUCAGCUUGAAGGGGACCUCAGACCUCCUUGUAGCUUCUGGGACAGUACUGAGUGCACAGCAGUGCCAACCCAGCUGAGUCUAUUCCUGUUAGCAGAAGCAUGUACCCUCUGCUCAGGGUAUGUUCGUGCAUGAGUGACAAUGUCAGGGUAUGAUGAUGCCCAUGGGGGCUGCUCACCCAAAUGCCUUUCUGCCACCAGUCAUGAGCCCGUGCCUUCCAGCUGUUCUCAUCACAUUAACCAUUCCCCAUUGCCCAUUCUGGAUACCCCUCUAGCUCCUUCCCCAGAGGGGCAGCCUGGGGAGUAGCAGGGGCUGGGAAGAGGGAUGUUGGUUUUAGAUUAGGCAACUCAGCUAUAAGAGGGAAAGGGGUUUUUCCUUGCUCUUGUCUUGACCUAUAUUUCAGUGCUGGGUUGUUUUUAUGCUUUUAAUUGCCCUUAACUUUCAAAAAAUGAGCAAUAUAAUCAUUUCUCAGAGGUGCUGAAUAGAGUGGUCCAGGAAGCAUUGUUUCACAAAGUUUUAUUUUUUUCCUAAGUACAAUCUCAUAGUUUUUGUUCUAGGGUGGGGGAAAAACCAAUCUCAGUGGUGAACAGCAAACACGAUGGAUUUCCUUGUUGCUUUCACCUCUUGGGCUCUUUUAGGUGAAAAUGAAACCUCAGUUGGAAGGCCAGGCUAUCUCUGGUCCCCCCUUUGUCAGAGUCAUGGAUUUGUUCCAAGGUAUGGGUUUGGAAAUUUCCAAGGGGACUGAUUCUGAAGCUGGGGGAUAUGUUUUAUAUGAGUUUGGCCACAAUAUGUUUGGAGACUGGACUCAUAAUUGGGAAUUGUUGGAACUGAUGGAAAUCCUGCUUGCCCUCUAUAGAUGUAUAGGAAUGGAUCCAAGUCCCCACACCACUGGAGUUAGUUUUUUUUUCCAAAGGUUUUUGGAGUCCUAUCCCUCCCAUUUUUCUCCCCUUUGAGUUAUUUUUAAAUCCUGUAUCACUUCAGGACCCAGCGGAUAACAGUGGAUCUUUGAGCCCUUCAAGGCAAGGCUAGCAAGACCAAAGCAGCUGCUGUUGGACAGCAAAAAAACUAAAUAGGAGUGAGCAGAGAGCCAGGGUCCCAGACUUGGUCUUCUUCAUAGAGAUUCAAGCCCACCCAAAACUAAUAGACCCAAUCACCCAGCUCUUUCCUGCCUUGGGCAACAGGGUGAAAUGGGCAAAAUCUUAAACUUUGUGGUCCUAAACCUGCUUUGAACCACCUCAAAUGAAGCUUUCUCAGGGGACAGUAAGAGGAAGUUACUCAUCUUGGUUAGCCUGGAAUCAUGAAACAGAAACUCAGACCCUUGACUCCACUGGCCCAGGAAUAUAGAGAACUCUUGGCAAAGGCUUCUUUCCAGGAUUAUGGGGCCCCAGUUGGCACCAUGUGACCAGGUGGGAGAUCUCGAACGACAGACCUUUGGCUCACUUAUGAAUAGAAUCAUCAUGUGUUUGAUCAAAAUGCCAAGACUUUCAAUUCCCAAGACCCUUUUCUGCUUGCUGUGCCACCUCAUCUAGAUCUUCAACAAUCAGCAUAGAGUUCUUAUUAAACUGGCCCCUGGAGUUUGGUCCUACUCUUUACCUGCCCUUGGGAUUUCUGGAUGUAGUCCCAGAGGGAAGAACCACUGUAUGCUCUCAGGGUCAUUUUUUAGCUCUCAGAGUAACCAGGGAGGCUGAGAGGGUAUAUGGUGCCACUUCAUCUUGGAGGGGCUAACCAAAGGGGUUUAAUGGACCCAGGUGGCAUCCUAUGAUUUCCUGUGAUCUAAAAAAUUUUUUUUUAAUUUUUUUUUCCUCUUUAUUGUGGUGCCCUGGCCCUCUAGCUUCGUACAUUGCUACCCAGGUUGGCUUUAAAUGCAUUCUUUUCCAAAGACUUCUUUGGGAUUGCUCUCACCAUGUGACUGCUGAACCCAUGGUACAGUUUGGUAGGCUCCCACCAGCUCUCGAAGACAAAGCCUCUCUUGCCUGAGCCAGAAACCUGAGAGAGAAGGCCUCCUGUGACAGGAGCUCCUCCCCCCUCCCCUGCUGUCCCCCUUCUCCCCCCAUUUACUCUUUGCUGUAUAAGUCCUAUUCUGAAGAAGCUGAUGCUUUGCUUCAAGGUCAAGCCAAAAAGAAAAAGCCAGUCCAGUCCACUUCAGUUUAGUGGGGGCACACUGACAUAGCAUUGCUAUUUGCCCUUCAAAUUUGUGUAAAAAAAAAAAAAAAUAGGUCC